AUGAAAUCAUCUCUUGUAACGGAGAACGGACGCAGAACCAAAACCACUCCUGAUCAAAGCUCUCUGAUUAGUUACUCAUCCCGCAAGUCUUGUCUCUCCAGCGAACGCAAAACCCAAGUCAAAGCUACAUGCAAAGUAUUGUGUGAGAUGAGAGAGGAUCAGUCAAGCAAUCUAGCAGUCAAGUUUACACAACUUCAAAUCGUUUUAGCCACUCAAUCUAUUAUACAAGUAAUCUCCAAAUUCCGGUCCGCUAAAUUGUAGACAUACUUCUGGAUUCUUCUAUAAGAUCGCAGAAUCAUACACCCAUCCGCAUAAAAUCAUUCUAUUGAAUCGAUUCCCUUGCCUCAAGUCGUUGAUGAUUGGUCUUACCUAUAGUUUCAGCAUAAAACCAAAUUAAAAUAGCGUCAUCACAAUCAAAGCUCCUCUCCCUGGAUACUGAUGAAAGUCCUAAAUAAAAUCAAGUAAAAACAAUAGAGGUCUUUCUUUCAACUCAUUAACCAAAACGCCAAAAUAUGUCAAGGAACUCUACUACUUCGAAAAUUCAUCAAAAAACAUCAUAAUCUAUAAAAAUGCAGCUCUCUUCUUUGCAUCGUAUAAUUUGCAUAGAAUUAUCAAAAUUCUGAUUCAUUAGAUUGUAGUAAGCAAGAUUCCGAUUCCAUGUAAUUAUAACAACAAUAACAAAAAGAUAGCAAUAUUGAAGAGAUAUCAAUUAAGGAAUAAUUGGCUAUUAAAUUUGCAAGUACAACAAUUUUGGCAUCAAUGCUAAACUCAAAACACAUUAAUUUAAAUUUUUAUUUCUUUUUAAAUUUCUUAAGAUGCUAAUAAAACAAAUCCUAAUUCAUUAGAGAUGUAAAUUUAUAUUAAGGGAUUGAAGUAAGUCAAGUUAAUUAUGAUCAAUCAUCUUUAUAAGAAAACUAAUAAGUUAUAGCAGCUUAAAAUCUGCAUUCGUUCCUGUUUAUCAAAUUAUAAAAUUAUUUCUAAGCAAUCAAAAUUUUUCAUUUGAAAAAUGAUUAUUAGAUAGCUGAGACUAUGAACACCAUGAUUAUCAACAAAAAUUGUGAUCUAUCUAAUUCAUUUGAAGAUCUAAACACUCAGAGAAUAUUAGUCACUAAUCUGUAAGAGGAGGAAAUUGAGCAAUCGUAAGUAAAAAAUAGUACAGAACAAAAGAAGAUCUCUUCCUUACAGAACAUAACAGAGAUUGAAGAAUCUACCAAGUCUACUAAGGCAGUAAAAGUGGAGGAUUAACACUUAUAACUAAGUAUGAAUACUAAAAAGAAGAAGACGAAAAAUAAUAAAAUCAAGAACGCAAUCAAAUAGUAUUGCAGUAUCCAGUCAUAAUCGUAAAGACGACUGAGCAAUGAGAGCAUGGCUAAGACUGAGAGUUUUGGAUUAAUCCAUAAUUAGGAAGCGAAGAAAUCAAAGAAUGCUGCUACACUUUAUACUGCCUAUAUAUCAAUUGUUGUGAUUAUAAUAGUAUUUAUUUUGUUUUUGAAAUGA